AUUUGGUAGUCGAAAUCAGAAUCAACUCGUUCGCUGAGUAUUCAACACAAGUUUUCCUUCUUCUCCUCCAACAACCACUUCUUCAACACCCCCCCCCAAAAGCAACAUGAAGUUCGCCGCCGCCGUAGUCAUGCUUGUGUGCGCCCUGAUCGGAGCCGAGGCCUCGUGGAACGCACUCCAGAUCGCCCCUGGCGUCUCCUAUGUCAACUCGGUGGCCCAUGGAGCCGGUGCGUGGGGCGGCCCAUGGAACGGUGCCUGGAACGGCGGCUGGAACGGCGCCUGGAACGGUGGCUGGAACGGCGCCUGGGGUGCACCCGCCGCCGUGGCUGUCCAUGCUGGUGCCGGUGCUCCCUGGGGUCUGACCGGUCCCGGCUGGCAUGGCGCCUCUGUGCCCGGCAUUGCCCUGGCCCAGGGACCCGGUCUUGCCGCUGGACACGGACAUGAGGGUGUCUACGUGGCCAAGACCCGUGGCGCCAUCCACACCGCCCCCCUGGCCGGACACAUCAACUCGGCCACCUCUGUGAACGUGGCCCCCGCCCCGGGGACCCUGUAAGUCAAUCGCCAUCCACCACCGACCACCACCACCACGACCGACCGAUGAUGUCUCACCAACCGAUGCCAAACGGAUGUGGCGGACGGGGCGGAUGGGCCAGGAGCCAGGAGCCACCUUCGAUCUCCUCCAUCUGCUUCAGCGACCGACCUUCCACGACUCUAACCGGAUACUUCCCCCCAACUCUCUCUACACACCUAUUGUUAAGCACACACCGCUCUUAGUCCCCCCCCCUCGCCCCCGAUACGAACACGAUCCUGAUCUUGAGGCGAUCCCUCAGCAAUUUAAGUCCAACAACAAUUACAACAACUACAAGAAACCAACAAACGACAACAUGUUAAUUUUAUUAUUUGAGAACUAUAUCUUUCAAAUGCCUUCCCAUCUUCCACUCUCCAUUCUCCUCCACCAUCACCACUUUUCUCUGUACUUUCUAUAUGCUUUCCUAUAUCUGUCACUAUCUGUCUCUCUCUAUACAUAUCUGGCGUGUCUUUACGAAGAGAUAUGCUUUGACCAAACUGUAAAUAUCCAUUCCCUGUACUCUAGUAAUCUGCAACAAUGUAAAGAUUGACGAAAGCGUUAUAAA